GUGCGUCCACGGGAGUCCGUGCAGACCCGGACGCCGCGCCACCGGGGCGAGCUGACGGGAGUUUGCGGCUGCGAUAGACCAUGGAGAUGUCAUGGGCGCGACAGAGCCUGGCGGGGAUACCAGCAGCGUGUGAUGAGUUCCACCCGUUCAUCGAGGCGCUGCUGCCUCACGUCCGCGCCUUCUCCUACACCUGGUUCAACCUGCAGGCGCGGAAGCGCAAGUACUUCAAGAAGCACGAGAAGCGGAUGUCGAAGGACGAGGAGCGGGCGGUGAAGGACGAGCUGCUGGGCGAGAAGCCCGAGAUCAAGCAGAAGUGGGCAUCCCGGCUGCUGGCCAAGCUGCGCAAAGACAUCCGGCCCGAGUUCCGAGAGGACUUUGUGCUGACCAUCACGGGCAAGAAGCCCCCCUGCUGCGUGCUCUCCAACCCCGACCAGAAGGGCAAGAUCCGGCGGAUUGACUGCCUGCGCCAGGCCGACAAGGUGUGGCGGCUGGACCUGGUCAUGGUGAUUUUGUUUAAGGGGAUCCCCCUGGAAAGUACUGAUGGGGAGCGGCUCUACAAGUCGCCCCAGUGCUCGAACCCCGGCCUCUGCGUCCAGCCACAUCACAUUGGAGUCACAAUCAAAGAACUGGAUCUUUAUCUGGCUUACUUUGUCCACACUCCAGCCUUUCAGGAGAACCACCUACAGGAAGAGCAGAAACCAAGGCCCCAAAGCCAGCCUGCUUCUGAGGAAAGCUGCCAGUUGGCUCCGUGAAAUCCAGCCCCACAGAUGAACCAGCCUCGGGCGUGCCCUUGCCCUGCCCCAGUGAACCAGAAGGUCCACCUUCUGGUUACCUGCGGGGAAGACCUAUCCCACUCCUGGGAAAAUACUUUCCUCACCUAGGGCUCUGGUCUCCGCUGCUGCUUUGCUCAGACUCUGGAUCACCUGUUUUUUAGAUUUUCGAGCUGGUGGUUAGGGACGAGGGUUGGGGGGGGGAGGGGGCAGAAAGAGAAUGGGCCGCAUCCAAGUGCUUAGCUGCCCUUGGCACCUGAGGUGAACCUGACCAUGAGAUUGCUCCCCAGAGAGCCUGCCCGUCAGCCUGGACCUUCCUGUUCCCCCCCCCCCCCGACCCCCUGGGUGGGGCCUCACCCAGCACUGGCAAGUUGUAAAGGCUGAGCAGAGCAGGGAGUGAGCAGGAGUGCUCGAGGGAGGGAAGGAGGCAGGAGGAAGGAAACAACCCCAUUGUCAUCCCCCAAAUUACUGGCUGGGAUGGCAGGGGAGGAGGCGGAAAGCCGACAUUGUUUACUUAAUUAAAAGUAAACAACAAUUUGCGCUGCCAGCCUCCCAUUAGCUGUGUGCCGAGCCCCAGAGCUGGGGACUCGGCUUUCGCUCCCGCCAAGCCUGGCUCCUGUCACAACACCCCCAGCCUGGGCUCCCCAGGGCCCUGCACCCUUCCCUGGUUCUGUCCUUCCCAGGCUGAGCGGAGGAAACAAGCUCAAACCAGUAGUGUCUCAGCGCGCUCUGGGGUGGGAUAGGAGUCACCUGGCAGGUCAGCGUGGGGUGAGAGACCCCUGCGUGUGUACAUGGUUAGGCCUGGUUGUGGUCCAGCAGGGCAGGGUGGGGGUGGGGGGGCACCACCUGUCAGUUUAGCCAGAUGUUGGCUCACUGGGGAAGGUGGCUUCCCUGCUUCUCUCCCUACCUGAGUCUCCAGUCUUCACUACCUGGAGGCUUGGGCCUUCCGCCCCACCUCCCACUUUUUUCCUUUUCCCUUUUAGCAGCUUAUAAACAUCCUUCUCCCAUCUUUUUGGCUCUGCUCCCAGAAGGGGGCUGUUCGAGGCUCCAGGAGGGCUUAGGGAGAGAAGCAAGCUCCCUGGGCCCGGGGAGAAGGGCUGCUGGAACUAAGUCUCCCCUCCCCCCAUCCCUGCCAGGACAGCCACAGGUGACCCCGGGAACAGGGGAGGCGAGCUGGCCUCUGCUAGGGCUGAGCUGGGGACACCCAGCUCCAGCAUUUCUGGAGCCCCCAAGCAGGAGGGGCGGUAGGAUGCUGAGAGGGUGGUGCACUGAUUUCCUUCCACCGACCUCCAGGGACUGAGCAGGGUGGCGUACCUUUCCAGGGGUCUGUCCCCAGGCAAGUCCCCACCUCUCCUGUGGACUCCGCUGCCCCCCCCCCCCUACUCCAGCGAUACAGAGGUCAGGCUUCAGGUCUGGUUCAGGGCAUGACUUUGGCUUCUGACUUUAACCAUGACAGCUUUCCCUUCCUCUGUGGAGGUGAGGGCAAGUCACCUCCUAGCUCCGUGCUGCUUACCAGACCAUUGCUGAGCUGGAGUUGCCCUCAGACUCCUCUGGCCAGAUGGGUAAGGUGGGGGAGAAUAUUUCAGAAAAAAAAGAGCCAGACCUGAGACUCUUGGGAAGUCAAGCCACUGGGAUUUAAGCCCAAAGGGGGAGAGGUAGGGCAAGGCCCUGGUAGUAAAUACGAGAGUCUCGGUUUUCAUCUCGUGCCCCAGAGUGGCGGGUCCCACCGGGCUGAUUCUCCCCCGAGGCGACAUUCGCCAAGGGCGGAGACACUUUUGGUCGUCACUACUUGAGGGGGUGUGAUGCUACCGGCAUCUAGUGGGUGGAGGCCAGAGAUGCUCAAAUCCUGCCCCACCACGGAGAAUGGGCCAUGGGGUGGGGUUUUUGAGAACCCUGGAGUUUGGCCCUCCGGCAAGAUUUAGAUACCCACCCUCUCCAAGAGCCAUCCUGCCCCACCCACCCCUCUCCUCCCCCAAUAUUUGCAUCCUUUUUGUCUUCCUCUGCCCCCAUCAGGAUUCACACAUCCACAUGCUCCCAGCUCCCGGAUUCACACACAUCAGGACUUUCGCAUGCACUCACACACACAGAAAAAUCUGGGAAGUCUGUCCCGUGCUUAAUUGAAUUAAAGGACUGGGGUUUGGCAGGACAUUGUGUAUCUGAGCUGCAGCUUCUCGCAGCCGUUUCAGCUCCGGACAGGAUGGUCCAGGCUCCCUGCGAUUCCAGCUGCUGCUGUUCCUCUCCCCUCGGCCUUCCCCCAGUUUUCAAGCCAGGGGCCUGGGAAGGGCCAGGUCAGCGACACCCUACUCCUCUCCGCUCCGCUCCCUGCCUUGCGCUUAGAUACUGCUGGCAGGGGGUCGGGCCUCCCCGAAAAGCAGGUACCCCCUAGCAUGAGGCCAGGGGGCUGGAGCAGACCGGUCCAGUCCGGUCCCUCGUUCCAGGUCUCCUGCUGCCCCAUGCCAGGGUCCGGAGCUACAGGGUGUCACUGGUUGGAAAUGGGACGCACUUCUUGGCCCGAUGUACAGCCAUCCAGCUCUGUCUGCCAGGCCCGAGGGCUCCGGGGAGCCCGCACGCCUGCCCGCCCGCCCUAAUGGGCAGAGCGGGAUUGCCAGCAGAGGGCACACAGUGCUGGGGUGAGAGGACUACCGUGCCUCAGGUCCUUUCCCCAACCUGAGCCCAUGGGGUGGGGUAGGGCAUAGGGUGUGCAAGGCGAAGGGGAUGCUUUUCUACGUCUCUUGCCUCCCACUGCUGCCAGGCUCCCUCUGUCAGCCUGUGCUUUGGCAGGCUGUGGAGGUGGGCCUGUUCUCAGUCUCCCUUUACAACCCCACUCUGGCCCCUUCUUGGGAAACAGGAGUGACCUCAGUCCCUGUCUCUCAUCUGAGGAUGACUCCAGCGCCAGAACCCAGCCCUCACUUUGAGGAAGCCCUGCAGGAGCCUUGUCUAUAGCCCAGAGCCCAAGGGUAUUAGAAAGGUCCCAUGUCUAGAAUAGGUACAGGGGACACCCUGGGCCUCACUGUGGGCGGGAGGGGUGUAGUCGGCCAGCCUGUGCCUCCUGGGGCUCCAUCUUCUAGCAUGUGCCACCCUCCCUGGCCAUGCUUUUGUGGGGGGGCCUGCUGCAUGCAGAUCUGCCCCCACCCC